UUGCAGAAGGUGAAGGACGAAAAACAAAGAUGGAGUCGUGUAAUGCAGUUGAGAGAGAAGUUGAUCGUGUAUUGUCAAAGUUUGGCGGUCUUAGGGACCAUUCAAAGAAAAAUUUAGAGGAACUGAUAUCAUCUAUUCAGAAUAUUCAAAGAGAAUUGAAUGAUGCUCCAGAAGAACAUGAAAUCACACCCACCCAGUCUCUCAUCUUGAUGCAGACGAUUCGUAAAAUAAAAGAAGCCAUAUCGAGAAUGGGACAAGAACACAAGGACUUGCAUAGCACAGUGUCUAAAGUUGGGAAGUCUGUUGACAGAAAUUUUGUGACAGAUUUUACUUCAAUUUCUCAAGAGUGUAACUUUGAGGAUGAAGAAAAGAGAUUCCUUUUGAAUGAAGUUAUUUCUGAGCACUUCAUGAGACAGGGCAUGCUACAUAUUGCAGAUGCUUUGAUAGAGGAUGCAGAUUUGGAGAUAGCUGCCGAAAAAAAGGAGCCUUUCUUGGAGCUUCACAGGAUAUUAGGGGCCCUAAAACAGAGAGACCUGAUCCCUGCAUUACGUUGGGCAGAGGAGAACCGGGACAAUCUGAAUGAGAUUCGGAGUUCCCUGGAGUUUAAACUCCAUCGCCUGAGGUUCAUUGAUCUGUUGAAGCAGGGCCCCAGCCAUCAGUCUCAGGCCUUGCAGUACUCCCGAAACUUUGAGGCAUUUGCAGACAGACACACAAGGGACCUUCAGAUUCUGAUGGGAAGUAUGCUGUACCUCCAGCAGGGGAUAGAAAACUCACCCUACUCUCACCUCCUGGCUCCCAUUUACUGGGACGAGAUCUGUGAUGUGUUCACCAGGGAUGCCUGCACAUUGCUCGGAAUGUCCGUCGAAAGUCCUUUGAGUGUCAGCAUUCGAGCAGGCUGCCUUGCCCUCCCCCCACUACUUAACAUACGGCAGGUGAUGCAGCAGAGACAGGUGUCUGGAGUGUGGAGCAACAAGGAAGAGCUACCGGUGGAGAUAGACUUGGGCAGAGAAUACAGAUACCAUUCAAUAUUUGCCUGCCCGAUCCUACGACAGCAAAGCACAGAAGUGAAUCCACCAAUGAGAUUAAUCUGUGGUCAUGUGAUCUCUCGCGAUGCUCUCGGCAAACUCUCAAAUAACAACAAAGUGAAGUGUCCAUACUGUCCAGUAGAGCAGCUGCCCUCAGAUGCCAAGCAAGUCUUCUUCUGAACAAACUAUGUUUGAGAGCAGAUAGUAUUUAUAGCUUCCUGUGAUUCGGGAUAUCUAGUGACUGAUUCACCUGUUAAUGGAGCUAAAUUUCCUGUCAUAUGACAGGUAAAAGGUAGCCAAAGGCUGUCACAACACACUCUCCACCAAUCAGCUGUCAGGGAUUUGAUCAGCAAUCAGAUGAUUGAUUGAUUGUAUUGACCAAUCAGGAUGUUAUAUCUGUAAGCAUUGCUUUGUUUCUGUUAUUUUGUUUAUCCAAUCAGCUCUGCAGAAAGCAAUUAGUACUGUAUUUUGCCCUGCUACCUGUAAUCAGGAAUGUGGAUUUUUGUAUAUGUAAAAUUAUUGUAUGGUAUCUUUGCCUGCUGUGCAGACAGAAAAAAAUUAAGAAAGAUUGAGUGUGAAAAGUAGAGCAUGAUAACACAUACCGGUAAAUAGUAUUACAGUAAAACACGGUUAUAGCAAACACGCUUAUAAUGAAUUGACGCUAACAGCGAAGUGAAUUUCAUUCCCCAAGACUAUUUCAUGUUGUAAACUUGACUGAUAUAACGAAUUACCCUUAUAACGAAGUUUAAUUGCCUGUCCCUGGGACUUCGUUAUAAUUGUGUUUUACUGUACAAUCUUUCAGAUGUAGCAUAUGGAUGGAACUGACAAUGUACUUGGGAGUAAAAAUGAGCAUUUUUUGUACUGUAAGAAAUUUUUAAUCAUUUUUACAAUUUGGAACAGCAUUGGAAAUCAAAAUUACAGUUUCCCAGUGAAUUACAUAGUACAUGUACAAAGCUUUGUAUAUUGUUUGUGAAAGUGCAAACUACAAGAUUAGAAACAAUUUAUUUUUAAGGAGUUGGUGUGGUUUUAGAUACAACAAUCCUGUAAAUAAUUUGAUCAUACAAUUCAAUUAAUUCAAUGAAAUGCAAAAUCUAGUUCGCUGUAGUAAAACAUUUCAACUGGAUUUUAAUAUGAUUGGUUUUUAAGAAGCUUGUACAACUGAUACUGAUGAUGACGUGUAAUUUAUAUCUUGUUUUGUUAUAGCCGAUUUCAAUGUGUUUUUUUUUUUUCAAACUUUGUAAUUUUGUCCACCCUGUUCUAUGUAGCCAAUCUAUUUACAUGCACAUGUAUUGUACAUGGCGGCAUCAUACCUGUGUUGUUGUUGACAAAUUUACAGGGGGCUAUGGCAUUGUGAUUUAAUAUUUUUUGUUAUGAUGUAAAUAUUUCGAAAAUAAAUUAUUUUUAAGAAAAUUA